UUCUGAACAGUGAACCUCAAACUGCUGAAGACAAAACCUUACUGACUGGAUUAUUACCUAACUAACACUUGCACUGGGAUUUUAUAUAGAAACCAAGCUGCCUUUAUCCACCACAACUGAAUUCUCAUGGCGUCAAGCGAACUUAGUCUUAUUCUCAACAACGCAAAUGCCAACCUGUACCCAUCUGAACCGCAGCCCAACUUGUUGAGCAUGACAGCGCCGAUGGGCAGACUCUCAGAGAUGACCUUCAGCAGUAACAACAGCACAAUGGGCCCCUGGGACCUGGUGAACCCACAGAUGUGGACCAGGCAGAACGUUCUGGAGUGGAUCGGCUUUCACGUGGAGGACAGCAGGUUCGAUGCCAGUCUGCUGAAUAUGAACUACUGCGACAUGGACGGGAUCACACUGUGCACAAUGUCAAAAGAAACUUUGAUGAGCAUGUUCGGAUCGAUGCUUGGUGAACGGCUUCACCACAGCCUGGAGACCCAAAAGGCCAGAUAUGCUACUGACCUGUCUGAGACAUGUCUGAGUGAAUCCGAAUUAGACUUACUGGACAACAUACUGCAGAACUCGUUUUCCUACAUGCAUGGACCGAGCCUCGGUCCACUUCUGGAAACGGUGGUGAUCCAGCCCUCAAUCCCAUCAGACAAUUCAGAGAACAACUACAGCUACUUUGAUGAGUACACCAACCAGCUGACUCCAGAGAGUGACCACGGCUAUGACUCUCUAACUGAGAGCUUUCAGAGUUCCCACACUGGUAGCUUCCUGAACCCAAGCUCACCCGAGUCCAACAGCAGCGACUCCGACCCAGAAUACUCAGAGAUGCCUUACUCCACCAGCACUAAGAACUUUGUGAAACAAGAGUCCGGAGAGCCCAAAAAGAGAGGCAGAGGACGACCCCCAAAGUGCCAAAGUGAGGGAUUUGACCAUUUCAUUCAGUCCAAAAAAAGCAAACACGCUCCAAGAGGAACCCACCUGUGGGAGUUUAUCCGGGACAUCCUGAUCCACCCGGAGAAGAACCAAGGUCUGAUGAAAUGGGAGGACCGCAGGGAUGGCGUCUUCAAGUUCUUGAAGUCCGAAGCUGUUGCUCAGCUCUGGGGGCAGGAGACCGGAUAUUGA